CUGGGAGCUGUCAGUGGCUGCUCCCGUACUUUCCGCUGUCGGACUCUUCCGGCUCUUGUCGCCCAGGGAUAAGUAAGAAAAGAAAAAAAAGGGAGUGGGGGACAAGGAAAUGAAUAACGAAGUAUUCCCAUGAUCCCAGGGAAGAAAAGACAGGUGGAGGGAGUGUGUUGAAGACAGAGCAGAGAGUUAGUGAAAGAAGAAAUCCUGGGAAGACUAGCUCAGCUCGAAUCUGGUGACCUCAAACGCCUUGGCAAAAUUGACUGGCUCAUCUUGACUGUAUCUGCUAAGUUCACUUGGUUCAGCUGUUGAAACCCAAUGCCCUGUUUAGCUGUGUCUUCACUGAGUAUUAUAAUGGAAGCUUGAAGGAAUUUAGAAACCUAAAGUUUUUGUGUGUGUUUUGUGAGCUGUCAAACAAAAAGACUGUGAUAAAAGCUGCAAUUGCCAGCUAAUGAUUUUACAUGAAUUGCAAGCUGGUAUCUAGUGGGGACUCUGUGGGAGGAUGAACACGGAGGAGGUGGAGCUACUGAGUGACUCCAAGUAUAGAAACUAUGUAGCAGCAGUUGACAAAGCACUGAAGAACUUUGAAUACUCCAGUGAAUGGGCAGAUUUGAUAUCAGCACUUGGAAAACUAAACAAGGUUUUACAAAACAAUGCAAAAUACCAAGUAGUACCUAAAAAGCUGACCAUAGGCAAGCGUCUAGCGCAAUGCCUUCAUCCAGCCUUGCCAGGUGGGGUUCAUCGGAAGGCCCUUGAAACAUAUGAGAUUAUCUUCAAAAUCAUUGGACCCAAGCGUCUGGCUAAAGAUCUUUUCCUGUACAGUUCUGGGCUAUUUCCUCUUCUUGCCAAUGCUGCUAUGUCUGUCAAACCAGCAUUACUCAGCCUGUAUGAGAUUUAUUACCUUCCUUUGGGAAAAACAUUAAAACCUGGUCUGCAAGGAUUGCUAACUGGGAUUCUGCCUGGUUUAGAGGAGGGAUCAGAGUAUUAUGAGAGAACCAACACUCUGUUGGAGAAGGUUGCUGGUGCAGUUGACCAAUCAGCAUUCUACAGUGCCCUUUGGGGUAGUCUUCUUACCAGUCCUGCGGUUCGGUUACCUGGAAUCACAUACGUCCUUUCCCAUCUAAACAGGAAGCUUUCAAUGGAAGAUCAGCUCUAUAUAAUUGGCAGUGACAUUGAGUUAAUGGUGGAAGCGGUAAGCACAUCAGUGCAGGAUUCCAGUGUAUUAGUACAAAGGAGCACAUUAGACCUUAUACUCUUCUGCUUUCCAUUCCAUAUGAGUCAGGCAACACGCCCAGACAUGAUCAGAAUUUUGUCAGCAGCCCUUCAUGUAGUACUACGCAGAGAUAUGUCACUCAACCGAAGGCUUUAUGCAUGGCUUCUAGGUUUUGAUAAUAAUGGUGCUAUUGUAGGACCUAGAAGCACAAGACAUAGCAAUCCUGAGGAACAUGCCACUUACUAUUUCAAUACCUUUUCUAAGGAAAUGUUGGUCCAGGCAAUGGUAGGAAUCUUACAAGUUAAUGGACAUGGAGAAGAGAGCACACUGAUGCAGGACCUAAAGCCUUUUCGGAUUCUUAUCAGUUUACUGGACAAACCUGAACUAGGACCUGUAAUCUUAGAAGAUGUAUUGAUUGAAGUAUUUAGAACAUUAUAUACACAAUGCAAAGCUGAGCUGGAUCUUCAGAUGGAAUCUUCCUUCAGCAAAGAUCACACACAACUAAGCAGCAAAUUGAGGGAAAAUAAGAAAACUGCAGAGCUGAUUAAAACUGCCAAUCUUCUCUUUAAUUCCUUUGAGCCUUAUUAUAUGUGGGAUUACAUUGCUCGUUGGUUUGAAGAAUGUUGUAGGAGGACACUGCAUGCUAGACUUCAGCCUGGGCCUGUAGGUGGUAAUGAGUCAUCUGAGCUGCCCCUGACCAAUUUCUGCCUACUAGUGGAUUUUUUGUUGGAUAUAGUUUCUUUGCCUACUAGAAGUAUGAGAGUGCUGUGUCAGGAGACCUACAUUGAAAUACAAACAGAACAUCUGCCUCAGUUGUUGCUCAGAAUGAUUUCUGCAUUGACAAGCCAUCUUCACACUUUGCACUUGUCGGAACUAACUGAUUCCCUCAGGCUCUGCUCAAAGAUCCUUAGUAAGGUUCAACCUCCGCUGUUGUCUGCAGGUACAGAUGGUACUCUGCAGCUUCCAAAUGGACACAACAGCUCCAUCAAAGAAUGGGAAGAUAAAAAGGUGCCAUCAGUUUCACUUGAAAAUCCUCAUGAUGUAUUCGAAGAUGGUGAAAAUCCUCCAAGUAGUCGAUCAUCAGAAAGUGGAUUUACUGAGUUUGUACAGUACCAGGCAGAUACAGCUGAUGACAUUGACAGUGCAUUGAGCGAAGGCCACGGAGCACCUGGUAUCCCUAUUAUAGGUAGCACAUCCUCAGAGACUGAGACAGCAUCAACUGUGGGAUCUGAGGAAACCAUUGUACAGCCUCCUUCCAUAAUUACACAGGGGUCAGCAACUCGAAGUGGGAAGAUGGUCCAAAAGACUGCAAUGCAGUGCUGCUUGGAGUAUGUCCAACAAUUUUUAACUAGAUUUAUCAACCUGUAUAUAAUUCAGAGUAAUUCCUUGUCUCAGCCCUUGGCAACAGAGCUUCAAGUGGACCUCACUAGAGAGCAAGGACAACUUACAAAAUGGGAUAGAGAAUCACAAGGAGAUGCUAAGGGGAAAAAAACAAAUAAAACGCCAAAAGAAUACCUUUCUGCCUUUAUUGCUGCAUGUCAGCUAUAUCUUGAAUGUUCAAGUUUUCCGGUUUACAUUGCAGAGGGGAACCAUACAUCAGAAUUACUUCCUGAGAAAUCUGAUUUUGACUGUGAACAAGUACAGCCUCCAUUGUGGCUUCAGACUCUUAUGAAUGCUUGUAGACAAGCAAGUGAUUUUAGCAUUCAAGGUAUUGCUAUUUCGCUGGUAAUGGACUUGGUUGGAUUGACUCAAUCUGUUGCUGUUGUCACUGGAGAAAACCUAAACAGUGUGGAAACUGCACAGCCGUUAAGUCCAAACCAAGGAAGAGUUGCUGUAGUUAUCAGGCCUCCUCUUACUCAGGGCAACCUGAGAUAUAUGGUUGAAAAGACAGAUUUUUUCAAGCAUGUAGCUUUAACUCUGUGGGACCAGUUGGGUGAUGGAACUCCUCAACAUCAUCAGAAGAGUGUGGAGCUCUUUUACCAGUUACACAACCUGGUUCCCUCUUCUAGCAUUUGUGAGGAUGUUAUAAGUCAGCAGCUGACCCACAGAGACAAGAAAAUAAGGAUGGAAGCUCAUGCAAAAUUUGCAGUGCUUUGGCAUCUCACGAGGGACCUUCAUAUUAACAAGUCGUCUUCCUUUGGCCGUUCCUUUGACAGGUCUUUGUUCAUCAUGCUGGACAGUCUUAACAGCUUAGAUGGGUCUACUUGGUCAGUGGGGCAAGCAUGGUUAAACCAAGUACUACAAAGACAUGACAUUGCAAGAGUACUUGAACCUUUGCUUCUACUGCUACUCCAUCCAAAAACACAGCGAGUUUCUGUGCAACGAGUUCAGGCUGAGUGCUACUGGAAUAAGUCUCCUCACUGCCCUGAAGAAGAAACUGAAAAGCACUUUAUGCAAAAAUUUAGCUGUGGUGAUGCAUUUUCUCACAUGCCUGUAAGCCAAGGACAACUCAUUACAUCUAAAGAAAACAAUGAAAAACAACUUAUCAUGGAUGAAAUGGAGAACUUCAGUCUCACAGUCAACCCUUUGAGUGACAGACUUUCCUUGUUAAGUACUAGCAGUGAGACUAUUCCAAUGGUGGUGUCUGAUUUUGACCUUCCUGAUCAUCAGAUAGAAAUACUCCAGAGUUCUGACUCUGGCUGUUCACAGUCAUCUGCUGGAGACAACCUGAGCUAUGAGGUGGAGGCAGAAAGCCUCAGUGUUCAGAAUAGUUCUCAGAUAUUGCGAGAAGACUCACCUGAUGAAAUUGUGCAACAGGUGGUUAUUGACUUGAUAUGUAAAGUAGUAAGUGGUCUUGGAGAGGAGACCGAAUCAGUUAAACAUAAUCUGCAUCCCGAUGAUGUUUCAUCUAAAUUCAAUACUUUAGAUCAUUCUGAGGAGGUUUCUAAAAGUGAAGAUCAACAUAUUCAAAGCAGCCAGAACAGUUUGUUUGGUGAUGACAGUUCUCAGUUAUUAUCUGCUUCGACUGAGAUUGGACUUGAAAGACAAACGGAUUCAUCACCUUGUAUUGGAGUAAGCCCUCAGGCCCCCUCUGACCUUACUUUCAGUUCAACAGAUGCAAAAUCUGGACAAAGAAGUCACAGUAGUAUUCAGUUCAGCUUCAAAGGAAAACUACCAGAAAAAAUGUCAGAAAAAGAAACUAUUGUUAAAGAGGCUGGUAAGCAACCAGGAGCAAAGCCCAAAGUGAAAAUAGCCAGAAGGAAAGAUGAAGACAAGAAAAAAACACAAACAGAAAAGCUUAAACAAACCAGCAUUUUCUUUAGUGAUGGUCUUGAUUUAGAGAAUUGGUACAGCUGUGGAGAGGGAGAAAUUUCAGAAAUAGAGAGUGAUGUGGGAUCUCCAGGAAUACGAAAAUCUCCCAGCUUUAACAUUCAUCCAUUAUAUCAACAUGUGUUGCUUUAUCUCCAGUUAUAUGACUCCUCAAGAACAUUAUAUGCUUUUUCUGCAAUCAAAGCAAUCUUGAAAACAAAUCCUUCUGCUUUUGUAAAUGCCAUCUCUACUACCAGUGUCAACAAUGUAUACACUCCUCAGCUGUCCUUGCUUCAGAAUCUUUUAGCCAGGCAUCGAAUAUCUGUUAUGGGCAAAGACUUCUAUAGUCACAUUCCAGUGGACUCUAACCAUAACUUUAGGAGUUCUAUGUACAUAGAAAUUCUUAUCUCUCUAUGUUUAUACUAUAUGAGGAGCCACUAUCCAACUCAUGUCAAGGUAACCCCGCAAGAUCUAAUAGGAAACCGCAAUAUGCAGAUGAUGAGCAUUGAAAUUUUGACACUUCUCUUUUCUGAAUUGGCAAAAGUAAUAGAAAGUUCUGCAAAGGGCUUUCCUAGCUUUAUUUCAGACAUGUUAUCCAAAUGCAAGGUUCAGAAAGUGAUCCUGCACUGUUUGCUAUCUUCUAUCUUUAGUGCACAGAAGUGGCACAGUGAAAAGGUAGCUGGUAAAAACAUCGUUGUUAUUGAAGAAGGUUUCUCUGAAGACAGCCUUAUCAACUUUUCUGAGGAUGAAUUUGACAGUGGCAGUACGCUACAGUCACAGCUCUUAAAAGUGCUUCAGCGACUAAUUGUCUUAGAGCAUAGAGUAAUGACUGUGCCUGAGGAGAAUGAAACAGGCUUUGAAUUUGUCAUUGCUGACUUGGAGCAGAUUAACCCACAGCAGCCAAUGACUUCACUUCAAUAUUUACACUCCCAGCCAAUAACCUCUCAAGGCAUGUUUCUCUGUGCAGUAAUAAGAGCUUUACACCAACACUGUGCCUGUAAAAUGCACCCCCAGUGGAUUGGCCUAAUCACUUCUACUCUGCCUUACAUGGGAAAAGUUCUACAAAGAGUGGUAGUUUCUGUGACCCUCCAGCUUUGCAGGAAUUUGGAUAAUUUAAUUCAGCAGUAUAAAUAUGAAACAGGAUUAUCCAGUAGCAGGCCGCUUUGGAUGGCAUCAAUUACUCCACCAGAUAUGAUUCUUACCCUGUUAGAAGGCAUCACAACAAUAAUUCAUUACUGUCUACUUGAUCCAUCUACACAGUAUCAUCAGCUUUUGGUUAACGUUGACCAAAAACACUUGCUUGAAGCACGCAGUGAAAUCCUGUCUAUCCUUCAUAUGAUCAUGUCGUCCGUGACUUUGCUGUGGAGCAUACUGCACCAGGCAGAUUCUUCAGAGAAAACAACUGCUGCAGCAGCUGCAUCUGUUACCACUAUUAAUCUUGGAUCAACAAAGAAUUUGAGGCAGCAGAUUCUUGAAUUGUUGGGCCCAAUAUCAAUGAAUCACGGUGUUCACUUUAUGGCUGCUAUUGCAUUUGUAUGGAAUGAAAGGAGACAAAACAAAAACACUUCUAGAACAAAGGUUAUUCCUACAGCCAGUGACGAACAGCUUCUACUGGUAGAGCUAGUUCGCUCUAUCAGUGUUAUGAGAACGGAGACUGUUAUACAAACAGUAAAAGAAGUUUUAAAGCAGCCUCCAGCCAUAGCCAAGGACAAGAAGCAUCUGUCAUUGGAAGUCUGCAUGUUGCAGUUUUUCUAUGCUUAUAUUCAAAGGAUUCCAGUGUCCAGCUUAGUAGACAGCUGGGCAACACUAUUGCUUCUUCUGAAGGACUCUAUACAGCUCAGUCUUCCAGCACCAGGGCAGUUUCUCAUACUUGGUGUUCUAAAUGAGUUUAUUAUGAAAAACCCAAGUCUGGAGAAUAAGAAAGAUCAAAGAGAUCUUCAGGAUGUAACUCACAAAAUAGUGGAUGCCAUUGGUGCAAUUGCUGGUUCUUCCUUGGAACAGACUACUUGGUUAAGACGAAAUCUAGAGGUCAAACCUUCCCCCAAGAUAAUGGUUGAUGGAAACAACUUGGAAUCGGAUGUUGAAGAUAUGUUGUAUCCAGCUCUGGAAACCUCAAAUAUAACUCCUUCAGUUUAUAGCGUCCAUGCAUUAACAUUACUUUCUGAGGUUUUGGCUCAUCUGUUGGAUAUGGUUUUCUACAGCGAUGAAAAAGAGAGAGUUAUUCCUUUGCUUGUAAAUAUUAUGCAUUAUGUUGUGCCCUACCUCCGCAAUCACAGCGCUCACAAUGCCCCCAGUUAUCGAGCCUGUGUUCAGUUAUUGAGCAGUCUUAGUGGGUAUCAGUAUACAAGAAGAGCAUGGAAAAAGGAAGCUUUUGAUCUUUUCAUGGAUUCCAGCUUCUUCCAAAUGGAUGCUUCUUGUGUUAACCAUUGGAGAGCAAUUAUGGAUAAUUUGAUGACACAUGACAAAACUACAUUUAGAGAUUUGAUGACACGAGUGGCCGUGGCUCAGAGCAGUUCACUCAAUCUGUUUGCUAAUCGGGAUGUAGAGUUGGAACAGCGAGCUAUGCUUCUGAAGAGGCUGGCCUUUGCCAUUUUUAGCAGUGAAGUGGACCAGUACCAGAAAUAUCUUCCAGAUAUACAAGAAAGGCUGGUAGAAAGUCUCCGUUUGCCUCAAGUGCCCACCCUUCACUCUCAAGUGUUCCUGUUUUUCAGAGUAUUGCUUUUAAGAAUGUCUCCACAGCACCUUACCUCACUUUGGCCUACCAUGAUCACUGAACUGGUACAAGUGUUUUUACUGAUGGAACAAGAACUCACUGCUGAUGAAGAUAUUUCAAGAACUUCGGGCCCAUCUGUUGCUGGCCUAGAGACAACAUACACAGGAGGCAAUGGCUUCUCCACAUCAUACAACAGCCAGAGGUGGUUAAACCUUUACUUGUCUGCUUGUAAAUUUCUGGACUUGGCCCUGGCAUUACCAUCUGAAAAUCUUCCUCAGUUUCAGAUGUAUCGGUGGGCUUUUAUUCCAGAAGUAUCAGAUGAUUCAGGUUUGGAGGUACGAAGACAGGGCACGCAUCAAAGGGAAUUUAAACCAUAUGUGGUUCGAUUAGCAAAACUGCUGCGGAAAAGAGCAAAGGACAAGCAGGAGGACUUUAAAAUGAUGAUUUUGGAGGGAGUGGAGAUGGCCAAGCAUCAGAAAAACCCAGAGGAGGACAGCUCAGGGAAAACAUUAAGUUGGGAACCAGGUCAUUUGCUGUUAACCAUCUAUACUGUCCGCAGCAUUGAGCAGCUUCUCCCUUUCUUCAAUGUACUCAGCCAGGUUUUUAAUAGCAAAGUCACAAGCAGAUGUGUUGGACACUCAGGGAGCCCUGUCCUUUACCCAAAUUCUUUCCCCAAUAAGGACCUAAAAAUGGAGAACCAAAAAACAUUCUACAGCAAAGCAAGGCAAAAAAUUGAAGAGAUGGUUGAGAAGGAUUUUCUGGAAGGUGUCAUAAAAACAUGAACUAUACAUUUAAGCUGAAUAGUACCAGUUAAUGUAAUUGUUUAAAUGAAAUGCUGUAUCUUUCAGAGUUGUAUAGUUUUCUUUCUUACUCUGUAUGUAAUGAACAUUUCAGGUUAUAUUUAAUUUAAAUAUUUGUAAAUAAGAGACCAGUUCUGGAUGUAGCCUGAAUCAAGUUUAAAUAUUGUUGGCUCAUAUUGAUUAUGGUGCCUAAUAUUUACAGUAUCUGUGUUUUGUUGUCUUGAGUUCUGUCUUUAAACAAAAUACAAGUUGCACAUUUUUCACUUUG